AUGGCUACUAACAUCACUUGGCACCCAAACUUGACUCACCAAGAACGUGCAGAAUUGAGAAAACAACAAGGUGUAACCGUCUGGUUGACUGGUUUAUCCGCAAGUGGGAAAUCAACCAUUGCUUGUGCUUUGGAACAGUCGAUAUUGAACCGCGGGUUGAACUCAUACAGAUUAGAUGGAGAUAAUGUCAGGUUCGGGUUGAACAAAGAUUUAGGAUUCAGCGAGCACGAUAGGAAUGAAAACAUUAGGAGAAUUAGUGAAGUUGCUAAAUUAUUUAGUGAUUCAUGUUGUGUUACCGUGACUUCAUUUAUAAGUCCUUACAGAGCUGAUAGAAACUUGGCCAGGGAAUUACAUGCCAAGGAUAACUUGCCAUUUGUCGAAGUUUACGUUGAUGUGCCUAUAGAAGUUGCCGAACAAAGAGAUCCAAAGGGGUUGUACAAAAAGGCUAGAGAAGGGAUUAUUAAAGAGUUUACUGGUAUCAGUGCUCCUUAUGAGGCACCGGAGAAGCCAGAGGUCCACGUCAAAAACCAUUCUGGUCUCACAGUUGAAGAAGCUGCUGAGCAAAUCAUUGAUUAUCUUUUGGAAAAGAAAUACAUCAACUAG